AUGGUAAAGGAAGAAUGGAGGGAUUUAGGUGAUGUUCAUUUCUUAAAGAUGAUGAGAGCGUUGUCAAUGCCACUAAGUAGAUGGAACAAGCAGCAUUUCGAGGACAUAACUGAGAGGAUAAAGAGGUUUGAGGAAGAAAUCAAGAAGGUGGACGAUGUGGUUAGUAGUGGACGAUAUGAUGGUACUAUGGAGGCAAGGAGGAGGGAGUUAGUUAGGUGCUGUGAAAAUUGGUAUGUGAGACAGGAUGUUCACUGGAAGCAAAUUUCCAGAUCUCGGCAAGCUAAUGAGAUAGAUAGAAACACAAGGUAUUUCCAUAAUAUAGCCUCGGCGAGAAGAAGGAAUAACAGGAUUAAGUCUUUGGUAAUCCAUGGGAGGUUAGUGAGGAAUCAAGCUAGGAUCAAGGUAGCGAUUCGGGACUUUUAUAAGCGUCUGUAUCACCAAGAAGAUUCUCCUUCUGUGACCUUCAGGGAUGGAUUGGUUAAGCGGGUAGAGAGGGAGGAUGCUGAAGCACUGAAGGUAUUACCGUCAGUGGAGGAAGUGAAAGAGGCAGUAUGGGAUUGUGAAUCUUCUAAGGCUCCAGGGAGUGACGAGUACAACAUGAAUUUUAUAAAAAAGUGUUAG